AUGCCUUGGGCAGAACUUGGAGUUUCUCGCGGUGAAGCGAGAGGUGAAGGCAGGCAUGUACCGCUUGAGUUCCUACCUCAUUGCACAGCACUUGAUACAGAUUCCUUUGUUUUGCUCAGCGCGGUCGCUUUAACCUUCAGUGGGUAUGGUAUGUGCGGCUGGAACUGGCAUGCCUAUGGCAUUAUGGUGAAGCAUUCCCUGACGCUCUUCAUUUUCGAUUGCGCUGCGCAGCUGUUUGCCGUGACCUUCCAGCAACCACUACUCGGACUUUUUCAGGUCAUCUGCCUUUGGUUUGCCAGCUUCCUUUUUGCCGGCGUUCUGGUUCCCGAGGAAGAUGUCGUUUGGCCGCUGCGCGCAUUUGCCAUUGUUUCGCCAAUGAAAUGGUCAAUCAAGGCGAUCGUGAAUGCUGAGAUGUAUGGGACAACCUUCGACGGUGCAGUGUUGGACAACAGUACUCGAGGAUUCAGCCGCCCAGGUGUCAGCGAGUUGGAAUGCUGGGGUGUGACUGGGGAACAGGUUUUGACAUCAAUAUCCCUGUCAAUUGCCAAGAAUGUCACGCCGCAGCGAGAGCUGGGCCAUGAUUGCAGCAUACUGGUCGCAAUUGCAGCGUUGUUCCGAUUUGCUUAUUCCUCGAUGGCCGCACUGCGAUGCCGUACCGGCAAGGCAGUGAAGAAACCCAAAGAAAUGUCAAGCCCGAAGCUGACGCCACAACGCUAG